CUGUCCCUGUGCACCUCUGUUGAGAGGGCAGUAGGUGGGCAGGACACAGGAGUAACAUCACAGAGGGGCUUAGGUCAAGGGCAGCAACCUGGGGAGACCUCAGUGUGCUGUGUCUGGCCAUUCUCUGCCCAUCCCUCUUACCUCUUCAAGGCAUCUACCAAGCCCAGAGACAGUCUGGAGCGGCCCGUUUCCUCACGUGAAGAACCAUCUAUGGGACUGGGGGUCUCCACUUAAGAGACCAGGAGGUGGCCACCAGACUAAAGCCUCUCCCGUGCUAACCCAGCAGCAACAGAGAAACAGGUUCUCACUGGAAGGCGCACCAACAGAGGGAGACAGCCUGAGUUCCAGGAACCCACACUCACCCAAGGGUUCCUUUCUGCUCCCAGUUAGCAGCAUCAUUUCCCAUUAAGCUCUGUGCAGAAAGAUUGACAGUUGAAAUAAAGGGAACCAUACCCCGAGGCGCCCUGAUGCGGCAUCCCAUCAAGCACUGCAUCAUAACCUGGGCAGGCAUCACAUUCCUGUGGCUCUGCAUCACUGUGGAAUUCCCCAGGGAAAUUGAAGAUGACCAAAUAGCCAUGCUUGUCGAAGGCCAAGGAGGUGGUUAUGGCAGCAGCAAGAGCCAGAAACCGCUGGAGGACUGGGAGACGAUCUCCCUGAAAUACACAGAGAAGAUGCAGCGCAGACGAAAGACAUGGCUGACGGUGGGGCUGACCGCAGCGUCGCAGCAGGACCAGAAGGGCCUCCUGUACACGCUCUUCUCCCUGUUCCGAUCGUCCUCCAAAGCCGAGCGCAAACGCCUCACAGUGCUGGUGCACCUGGCCGACUCCGACCUCGCCUGGCUCAGCGAAACCAUGGCCCACCUCUCCAGACUCUUCAGCCCGCAGAUCUUGGCAGGGCAGCUGCUGGUGAUCCACGCCCCGGCCGACACCUACCCCGCAGUGGACGAGCAGGACCAGGCCCACGGCGGGAAAGUGUACUCCAAGCAGAACAUAGACCACGCCUUCCUCAUGAGCUUCGCCAGGAACCUCUCAGAUUACUUCCUGUUGCUGGAGGACAACAUCUUCUGCGCGCCCAACUUCAUCACCCACAUUCGGUCCAAGGUGGCCGCCAUGAAGGGGCAUCCCUGGGCGCUGCUGGAGUUUUCCAACAUGGGCUUCCUGGGGAAGCUCUUCCACAGCAGGGACCUCCCGCUCGUGGCCCACUUCCUCCUGCUCUUCCACAAGGAGAAGCCCCUGGCCAGGAUGAUCGCCCACUUCCGCACCCUCCUCACCCAGGAGAGCCCGAUCCUCUGCCAGCCGUUCCUCUUCUACCACAGGAUGUCCUACCCCAUCUCUGAGGACAAGGACAGACCAGGUCACAGGCAGAGCCCUGGCAGCCCUGACAACCCACCCGCGUCCGUCUACACGAACAUGAACGUGUUCAGCGUCCACUUCCCCUGGGAGGCCUACACUCUGGACGAGUCCUUCUUCUGGACCUACAACGUUAGCAUCGAGAACCACCUGACCGUGAUUUUGAACCAUCCCAUGAACCUGAGCAGGGUGCAGGUGCUGACGGGCUCCAUCGUGGACGGAGCGAACGCCCUGGAGAAGGGGCAGGUGGAGCUGGGUUACAGCCCCCAGGGGACGCCUCAGCACUGCACCACCUUCAUCCUGCUGGGCCACCUCCUGGAGGGGCAGAUGGACCAGAAGAUAUUUAUGAAAAGUAUGGGGUACCACGUGAGCUGUGUGAGGCUGGUGGCAAAAAGCAGCCAGAAGGGGGGUCUCAUGAUCAGGCAUAUCUACCUCUGGGAGGAGAAGCCCCAAAUGUAAAUACGCUGACAAGGCGAUGACAGAUCAGUAAGCCUAUGAGCAAUUAAAACCUUGGGUCCAUCA